UCCACGGCCAGCUGCAGCUCAGCGCCAGAGGUGAAUGCAGGAUAGGUUGGACAAGCCCGAGGGAUAGUCUGCGUGCGUAUAAGGAGGGAUGCUUCCCCCAGCAACCCACCGUCAAUGAAGGGAGUGAGUGCGCCGCCACAUUUCCAUACCAGAAAAUAUCUCAAGAUGAAGCCCGUUGCUUUCUUGAUUAACGUGCUAUCCCUGAGCGCCCUGGCCAGUGCUGCGCCCGGCAACGUUGCUAAUGGCCAUGAUGCCGAGGCUGUGGCAUCCAAACAGAUUGCCCAUCUCCAAAGGGAGUACCAAAAGUACAUCCACGCAACCCUAAAGACCCGUCAGACAGGUUGCACCAAGAAGAACAUCCUCCGGCGCCGAGAAUGGGGCGCGCUCUCCAAAGCGGACCGCCGCUCCUACAUCGACGCCGUCUACUGCCUGCACAACAACCACACCUUCAUCACCCCGCCGACCACCAUCCCCGGCGUGCGCAACCGCUACGACGACUUCGUCGGCAGCCACAUGCUGCUGACCCCCGCCGUGCACGCGUCGGGCCUCUUCCUGCCCUUCCACCGCUUCUACGUGCACCUGUACGAGACGGCCCUGCGCACCGAGUGCGGCUACCGCGGCGCCCAGCCCUACUGGGACUGGACGCUCUCCUACACCGACCCGGCCGCGUCCUCCGUGCUCGACGGUUCGCCCUGGUCCAUGGGCAGUAAUGGUGUUUAUGUCCCCGGCCGCCCGCCACUGUCCGUCGCCGGGCCGGCGCUGACCCGCACUUUCCCGCCUGCGACGGGCGGUGGUUGUGUUCAUUCGGGCCCGUUUACGGAGGACCGGUUUACGGUUAACCUUGGACCCGUGUCGUUUGAGCCUGCUGCGCCGGAGGGGGGGUUCGGGUAUAACCCGCGCUGUCUGGUCCGGGAUGUGAGUCCGGCUUUUGCGGGCGACACCCGGCCGACGAAUGUCACGGCCUUGCUGGGCUGUGCGGAUCUGGCGUGUUUUAAUGUUCAGCUCGAUGAGCCACAGGGAGGUGUGCACGGCUCCGGGCACUUCCAGGUGGGCGCGAUUGCGUUGGAUGUGUUUGCCAGCCCGGCGGAUCCGAUCUUUUGGCUGCAUCAUGCGCAGAUGGACAGGCUGUGGACCAUCUGGCAGAACUUGGGGGAUCCGCGGGAUAGGACGUACCAAGUUUGGGGAACGGAGACGGCGGCGAACACGCCCCCGAGUGACAAUGUCACCCUGGACACGGCGGUGCCGUUUGGACUGCUCUCCCCUUCUAAACCUGUUAGGGACCUUGUGUCGACGAUUGAUGGACCGCUCUGCUACAUAUAUGAGUAGAGAGGGCGGCAACUAGUGGUUGGGAUAUCCUGGCCCGCCAGGAGUUGAAUCCGGCUACCCACGGACGUUGGAGUCACAAUCCAAACGAGAUAGAAAACCAGGUAUCGUCAUGAUUUGCCAAGCUACCUCAGACAAUGAAUAUCCAAAA